AUGCUUGAAGAUAAUAAGAAAAUAAUCGGUCUUUCAUGGGAACCAAAGUUACCUUCUCUUUUAUUUGGAGCAAAAAGUGGGUCCCAAGAUGUACAUGAAAGUAGUCUCGUAUAUAAGCCCAAUUCAGAGCUUAUUGAUGGACUUUUUGUUCCACCUAAUGACCCAAAAAAAGUCAACAAGUUACUCAAGAAGGAAGUUGAUUUAGAAUAUUUCACCUCUAGACUUACAAAGAGGGAAAGGGAGGCGACUUUAGCUGAUGAGCUAUUAUCUGAUCAAUCACUCAAAGUUUACAGGAAGCGUAAGGUGAGAGAGAUUGAAGAGAAAAGUCAACCAGUUGGAGUUGAUAAAUGGAAGAUAAAAGGUAAAAGUUCAUGGAAAUGUGCAAAGCAAAGGACGCAUUGA